UAUAUAAGAAUUUUCUGAUAUUUGCUUAAAUUAAUUUCAGUAGUUAUCAUUUAAAAGAUGUUGAGACUAAUUGUAGUUAUGUUAUUAUUAGGUUUUGUUAACAGUCAUGGAAGUCUGGAUGAGCCACCAGGAAGAUCCACCAUGUGGCGCUAUGGUUUUGAAACUCCAGUGAAUGUCGAUGACAUUGAAUUGUUCUGCGGUGGAAUAACGAGGCUAUGGCAGGUCAAUAAAGGAAAAUGUGGAGUAUGCGGAGACCCAUGGGAUCUUCCCGAGCCAAGGCCUAAUGAAGAUGGCGGAGAAUAUGGGAAAGGAAUUAUUGUGAGAACCUACAAGGAAGGUCAAGAGUUUACCGCCAUUGUCAAAAUCGUCGCGAAUCACUUGGGGCAUUUUGAAUUUAAGCUCUGUCCAAUCCAAGAAGGAGUCAAAGUGGACCAGGAGUGUUUUGAUAAGCAUCCUAUAGCACUUUCCGAUGGCUCUGGCUAUAGCUACAACCUUGGAAAGCAAAAGGGGUUUGUUAAAGUUCAUCUCAGAUUACCUAAAGGAUUAAAGUGUGAAAGAUGUGUAUUCCAAUGGCACUGGAGAGCAGGCAAUCACUGGGGAAUAUGUGAAGAUGGCAAGGGAAGAAUGGGAUGUGGACCUCAAGAAUACUUCAGAGCUUGUUCAGACAUCAGAAUUGAAUGAACAUAAAUUUUUAAGAAAUUUAAGUUUCAUAAGUGCGCUUACAUUUCGCUAAUGUAUUCUUUGUACAGAUGGUCUUGAAAACACUCUUUGUAAAAUUCAUGAAUCAUUUUUAUAAUUUACAUAUAAUGAUUUCUAGUAAUUAUUUGAAAUAUGUACUUAUUUUUAUUUAUCCCAAUUGACUUUAUAGCCCGAAACAGCUUUAGAAAUCAUACGCAGUUGUAUUUUAAUUUCAAAUUUUUAAAAACCUUUUCUGUAGUCCUCUUAAAGUUCACCACAUCAGGAUGAUUGUGAUUAAACUUCAAAGAACACUAACGCCCUUAAUACCGGCUUCUUAUCUCUUCUAAAAAAAUAUCGAGUUGGUAGGAGUGUAAUCAAGUAUUGCCAAAGACAAUUUCAAAAGAAAAAAAAAAAAAAAAAAAAAAAACAUACGUAUCAUUGUGUAACUUUAAUUUUAUUAUCCAUCCUUUUGCCCUCUUUGAGAAAACUUUUCUAUUUCAUUUUGGAAGUAUUCUUUCGAUUUGCCUUAAAAUCUUGUGUUUAAUGGGUAAUUUUUGGUCUGAAAGAAAAUGCUGAAUGACCUAACAGGUAAUAAUUGUUUUAUCAAUUGGAAAGGUGGCAGAAUAUCCCAUUAUUUAGCUUUUGUUAAGUCACUCUGUGAUUUAGACCUAUCUUGGUGAAGAAUCAUUCAGGUCUGUUAUCUGAUGGCUAAAUCCCGUUCCAAGUCCUCUAACUUAUGACAACAGUCGUUAAUGGUUUUGUUAUUUUGAUAUACAUUAAUGACUCGGUUAUUUUGCAACAUUUCAAAAUAAACAUAUCUCCUAAAUCCGACCGUAUACAGAACGAAACCUUCUUUGGAUGCAGUUUUGGUUUUUCUGUGAUAACUGAGUUGUCUUUCAUGCUGUCUUCUUCGACUAAUAUAAACAAAAAAGAUCUUUUUCUUUUCUUCAUCCAUAAUAUGCCUUCAAUCCUUUUCCUUAUUUGUAAACGGAAAAGCGCAGAUCAGUACUUUUUACUGAUGGUUUUCAGUUGUGAGUUCAUGUGGAGCCUAAACACAAGAAAAACCUUUUUAUUCAUUUGAAUUGAGCUGUUGCUUUUUGCUACGCAAGUGAAGUAUCCCUAUUAUUUCUUUAUCUGUGGUAAGGGGGUAUGAGUCUAUCAGCAUAUUCAAGUAUCAUUUUCUAACUAGGUCGUUCUCAAUAUAAAAUUGUUUCAUUUCGAAACAUUUUAAAUCAUUUUUGGUACUGACAUUUACUGACAGCAUCUGGGCAUACAGGAAAAAAUUCUCCGAUUGAUAAUGUAGCAUUUUUGUGCAGCUAAACUCUACAAUAUGAAUUCGAUAAAAUGCAGCUUAUUAUGUAAGAUCCUUUCCCUAUGAAACAAAUUAAUGAAAUGCUAAUUCAGUGGAGUACACACAAAAAAGGGCAUGUUAACAAAAUUAUAAUGAGCUUUGAAAAUUUCGGUUGCAGAAUCAUUCUGUACACUUGAAUUAUGGGAAGUUAAAAUUCUGGCUUACUUUUCGACCACCAUGAUAAUUAUUAUUAAAAAAAGAUUUAUAAUUUUUUAGUAGAGACUGAAAUUUCAUACCAUUUAUUCCCUUUUAAAAUGUAUGAAUAAAUCUUAGUUUCCUAAAUUAUUUUACCAAAGAAGUCUAAUCUUUAAAUAAAAUUAACCUUUCAGAUUUGGGCGAUAAAGAAUUUGUUGUCCCUUCUUGAAUAUGCAAUAUAUUAAAAAAAAACUUUUUAAAAUAUUUCAUGACGUUAAUAUGAUAAACCUAUAAGACUUUUCUCUCUCUCCUUUACCUCAUGCUUUCAUGUGACGUAACGGAAGCACAUUCAACUAUCAAUCGGAAGGCCCAGAAUUUCCAUCCCGGCAAGGGCAAUCGUCGAAUCUUCAAAUUUCAACUUCAAAAAUUCUAAAUAGAUUCUUCAAAUAUUUUAAAUAGAUGGCCCCGCGAACCAAAAAGAUGACGGACUGCCAGGAAUGAGGAUUGGGUCCCAGCCUACUCAAUUAUCCUAAGUGAAGAGAAUUUCUCCCUCUAAGGGUUUUUCCCCCGCGUCCUUUCGUGGUGUAAAUGGAAAGCACAUCCAGCUAACAAGGGCGAAAGAACCGGAGUUUAAGUCCCAGCAAAGGAGUCGUCCCUGGCUUCUAAAAAUUGUAUAAUCGACUCUAUAAACCUAUUUUAAUUAACUUCAUUAUACAAAAGUAUUGCGUUAAAUAAGAAUGUUGCAAUACAUUGUUCGUAAAACCUUGGAAUAUUUAAGAUAAUUGAACAAGCAAUAACCCAGCAAAUCAUUAUAGACGGCCCAUUGAGAAACAAUAAAAAAUACUGAAUAUACUUGUCUCGAUAAACAAAUCACAAAAUUUAUAUUUAGUACAAAAAAAAUGGAAUAAGGUCGUAAUAAGAAUAACCAGUAAAAAAUGUGCAUAAAAAUUAUUCUGCACAAGAACUAUCAGUUAAGUCUGUAAACCUAAAAUUUCAUUUAUCUAAUAAUGAAAAUAUUUUAUUUCGAAA